AUGGCGCCCCCAAAAUCGCAAGUCUUGCCUGCUGCAGAGCCCAAAUUUGGCGCAUCUUUUGAUGCUUGGAACUCUUCUUCAACUGGACACCAGCGGGCAGAGAAUCGACUAGGAGGAUCAACAGGAUGGAGACAAUCAAGGAGUACAAAGUUAUCACACCAGUUUAGGAGUGGUGAGACCGGUGGGAAACGGGUCUCUGAUACUGUUGGCGCCGGAUCCAAAGACUGGGAUGAAAAGCUAAAAGCCUUAAUCCCUAAAGAGGUUCGAGAAAGAGCAAUGAAUAGCGUCAAGGAUAUGGUAACUGGGCAAACUGGGCAGCCAAAAAAGGCACUUAGCACCGAAGAGCAAUUGAUGGGGCGAAGGAAGAAAGAGGACGAAGAGAAAGAAGAAGCAAAGUUGUUUCGGAAAAAAGGAAUAUUCGAUGGCUUGGUGAUAUACAUCAAUGGCAGUACACACCCUGUUAUUUCGGAUCACAAACUCAAGCAUACUCUGGCAGAAAAUGGGGCGAGAUUGUCAUUGCACUUAGGUCGAAGACAAGUCACACACGUUAUACUGGGCCGCCCUUCUGGUCUUGGGAGCGGUGCUGGCGGUAGACUCUGUGGUACCAAGUUGGAGAAAGAAAUCCGGAGAGUUGGUGGCUGCGGGGUGAAAUAUGUUGGUGUCGAGUGGGUGUUGGAGAGCAUCAAAUCAGGAAAACGACUGUCUGAGACGCCAUUUUCCAAUCUCAAAGUUGCAAGCAAGGGGCAGCAGAGUGUGUAUGGGAUGCUGAAUAAGUCUACCACCAAAUCGAAUUCAGACUGCAAUCACUAA